AAACGAAGAGGCGCAGGCUCUCGGCGGCUCUAUCACUGCGGAAACCCCACUCAAUCGUUAAUUUCGUGGAGGUGUGGUGGACACUCGCGUCUCUCUCGGUGCAUGCAGCUGCGGGAGCCGUGGACGGAGAGGAUCCCCAAGGCACCGGCACCUACCUAAUCGCAUCCCAAUAUCCGAGGCACCCUCCUGCUUUCUUUCUUCCUUUUCUCCCCUUCACCUUCAAACCUCGCACCGCUUCCUCUCCCUCUCCUACGCCUUCUAGAACUGACCUUCGAGGAACGCAGUCACGUAUCGCACCCUGAUCCCUCCGUCGAAUACACCUGUCAGCAUGGGCCUUCACAACCCGCUCCCGUCGUCCAUGGCGUCGGAGUGCAAGAAAUGCGGCAAAAUUCUGACCUCUUUUAUCGACCCUCGGCAAGCCUUCAGUCCCGACAAGAUCAUUCCUCCUUCUGUCCUCGCCAAUGCGAAGGGUCUCGCGAUUCUUACCGUACUCAAAGCCGGCUUCCUAGGCUCCGGUCGCUUCGGUAGCGGUCUCGUCGUCUCACGACUUCCCGACGGAUCAUGGAGUGCGCCAAGCGCCAUCGGCACUGCCGGCGCUGGCUUUGGUGGACAAAUCGGCUUCGAGUUGACUGACUUUGUCUUCAUCCUCAACGACGCGAGCGCUGUCAAGACUUUCGCGCAGGCUGGUUCGUUGACGCUCGGUGGAAACGUUUCAAUCGCCGCCGGCCCCGUCGGUCGCAACGCCGAGGCCGCCGGUGCCGCCUCGUUAAAGAGCGUAGCGGGCAUCUUCGCCUACUCCAAGACUAAGGGCCUGUUCGCCGGCGUCUCGCUAGAGGGAUCCGUCAUUAUCGAGCGCCGCGACGCGAACGAGAAGCUCUAUGGCACUCGCUACACCGCCGCCCAGAUUCUAACCGGCAGCGUCCGCUCUCCUCCUCAAGCCGCGCCGCUCAUGACCAUUCUCAACUCCCGCUCCUUCAAUGCCGGCCGCACUGCCCCGGGAAACGAUGCUAUGUACAACGACAUCCCUGUCUACGACCAGGGUCAUGACGAUGUGGUUUGGAAUGGACGUCGGGGCAGUGGGUAUGGAGAGGGUGACGCGAACCAUCGCAGCAGCGUUUUCGGUCCUGGUCACGGCCCCAAUUCGGGUGCCGACGGCGCCAGCGAGUUUGGCGGGCCUAAGAGAUCCAGUACAUGGCAGGAUGACGUCUAUGACCGGCCGAGCAAUGGAGGCGCUUUUGGUGGAGCGUUUGGUGGACUUUCGCGUUCCAACACUGGAGUGUCACGGUCGAACACGUUUGCGUCAAGAGGAAGCCACAACGACGACUAUGUCUACAGGGACAACCCUUCGUCCAGCUUCAUCAACGAGCAAAAGACAGGCGCGCCUGGUAGACCUGCAGCGCCAAAGCCAAACUUCGGUUCAAAGACUGCUAUGCUCAAGAAGAACGAGGCAGUUGCGCUGUUCACAUUCGAGGCAGACCAGCCCGGUGACCUUGGAUUCAAGAAGGGUGACGUCAUCACAGUGCUCAAGAAGACAGAGAACGAAACCGACUGGUGGACGGGUAUGAUUGGCACAAAGCACGGCAUCUUCCCCAGUAACUACGUGAAGAUGCGUGACUGAAGGCUGAAAGCCUGACGAUGACUCUUAGGCAGCGACGUGGCAGAAUUGAAUACCCGGUUGUUUGCAUACGAAAGCAUUGCCUGAAGUCGAGUUUGCAUGUGCAGAGCAAAGGGGGGAGGCACUGCCUGAGGCGGGGGGGGCUUGAAUGUCUUCUGUUUUAUCCAUGAUACUCCGGGUGCGUGGGGAUAUUUAGCCCUUCCGCCCUGUUCCCUCAUUAUCUUUUAUGAUAACGAUCAUCUAUGCCCUUUUUGUUUCCUCUCUUUUUCCUCUAGGCAAGUGUCGUGGCGUCAUUGGAUCCGGAACAAGGGGAGGGAUGACGAAUGAGUUUCUUCGUAGUUAGUCUCGCAGCAUACAAUAUCGAACUCAUAGGGCUUGGGGAGGAAUGAGAAGAUAUUCGGCAUCUAAUGGCAAACUAUCGCGGGGU